GCAGAAGAAGAAGUUUAAGUUUUUCUUCCUCAGCUUCCCUCCAAGCAGCAGAAGCUCCCGAAGCUGUGAAGUCCAGCUGCAGAUUUGAAGCCUGGUUCCGACCCAAGAGCUUUGGAGCAGAGCGGUUCUGCGGUCCAGGAGUCCAGAACCCCCAGAGGAUCCUCCGAGGAGAAGCCCCUACCUCCUUGUUUCCUCGCUGCUUCCUCACAUUCCUUCCCUUCGGCCUGAAGGAGGAGACGAUCGCUGCUGCCUGAAGCCGCCUCACGGACACCUGGGCCGCUCAGAACCUCCUCCGGACCGGGAGAAGAGCUCCGCAGGGUGCAGCUCAGAACAUCCCUACCAGGAGCUUCAGCUGAAUAAUUAGAACAUCUGAAGACCAAAAAGGUUCUGCAGUUCAUCCGGCAGGACCAGAAUGAUGGAGGGGAUCCUUGAGAUAAAGAUUGAAGAGGAGAGCCAUGAGAUAAAGAUUGAGGAGUAUCAUGCGAUAAAGAUUGAGGAGUAUCAUGCAAUAAAGAUUGAGGAGGAGAACCAUGAGAUGAGGACGGAGGUAAAGCAGGAGAACCAUGAUAUGCAGAUUGGGGAGGAGAACCGUGAGAUGGAGGCUGAGGUGAAGCAAGAGAAUGAGGAAGUUAAACUAGAGGAGCACCAGGAGGACUACCAGGACCAAGAACCUGACCACCACUAUUUGAACACCAGAAACCGGACCAACUCAGCUGCCUCCUCUGGUCCCAGUGACCUACAGCUUCCAUCAACCUUUUAUGACAAGAGGAGGGAGACUGCGGUUGUGCCAGUCCACCCUGACAUUAGUGAUGAUGAUGAUGACGAGGAUGAAGAUGAUGAUGUGUCAGACCCUGACUUCAUCCCACCCCCCCACAACCAGGACAUUCCAGGCCCAAGCAACAUGGGCCCCACCACCAAAAGGAAACGCUUGCAGCCUGCAGUGGAGGUGAUCCAGGACAGUGGCAGCGACAGUUACAGUGAAGACGAUGAUGAUGAUGAUAAUGAGCAGCCAGCACCACAAGCCAAGAGGCCCAGCAAACCCAGUAAGUCAGCAGCCAGGCCAACAACCUGGCACAAAGUCGACCUGAACAACACAACCCUGCCUGAAUACCAGCACUCCACCCCUGACUACAUUGAUGUCCCUUUUCAGUACUUUACAAGGUACUUUGACGACCAAAUCAUCAGGCAUAUCACGUACCAAACCAACUUAUAUGCUGCUCAGAAGGACAUCAACACCACUUUCACGACCAAUGAGAAUGAAAUACUUACUUUUGUCGCCAUCCUCAUCUAUAUGAGUAUUGUGGAGCUCCCGUCUGUUGAUGACUACUGGGCCAUUGAGACCAGGGUCCCUCAAGUUGCCCAACUAAUGUCCUCAAAGAGGGUCAGGCUGCUGAAAAAGGUUAUCCACUUCAAUGACAACUCCAUGAUCUGUGGUACCAGUGACCGCUUCUUCAAAAUCCGACCACUGUUCAGAUUCAUAAAUACUGCCUUUAGACGUGAGUCACAGACCCCAAAACAGUCUGUAGAUGAAGUGAUGGUUGCCUGCAAAGGGAAGAAAGCUGGCAACCUGAGGCAAUAUAUUAAAAGCAAGCCAGACAAGUGGGGUUUCAAGUUGUUUGCCAGGGCAUCUGAGGAUGGCUUCAUACAUGACAUUGUGCUAUACCAGGGCAAGACUACCCUGGAGGCCCAUGAUGUUCCCCUAAAACCUGAACAAGAAGGCUUAGAUGCAACCAGCCAGAUUGUAUCUGUCCUUGCCAGUACCAUGACCUUUCCCACCACCACAGCCAUCUAUGCUGAUAACUUUUUCACCAGCCUGGAGCUAGUGCGUUACCUCCGAGACCACAACUGUAGGUACACAGGGACCGCCAGGGACAACAGAAUUGGAAAGCCUCCACUCAGGACAAUCAAGGAUAUGGAGAAAAGGGCUGUCACUCGUGGUACCUGUGACUACGUCACCAGUGAUGAUGGGAUACUGGCUGUCAGGUGGAAGGACAACAAAACGGUCACUCUUCUGUCGACCGACAUGGGGGUGGGGCCGAUGUCCACAGUCAUCAGGUACUGCAGUGAGAGUAAGAAGAGGGAGCCUGUGAACUGUCCAGCUGUCAUCAGGAGUUAUAAUGCCAACAUGGGGGGCAUUGAUAAGAGUGACAUGCUGGUACACCUCUACCACACCCCCAUGAAGUCAAAGAGGUGGUACAUGCAACUGUUUGCGUACGUCAUUGAUAUCAGCCUCACAAAUGCCUGGGUGGUGUACAAGCGGGACUGCAAGGCCCUUGGUGUGAAAUCCCAGCCUCUGAAAGAUUUCAGACUCCAGGUUUUCAGGGAUGCCAGCAACCAGAGGCCAGCCACGCCUAGCUCCAGAAGAAGCUCAUCUUCCUCAGUUGAAAGCCUGAGCAUCAGUGCUGGUGUCCCUAAGCCUGUCCGGGGACACCACAGCCACACCCCACAUGUGGCUGUGCGGUUUGAUAUGUCCCUCUUCCAUGCCCCUAUACAUGGCGAACGCCAGACCUGCAAGCACUGCAGCAGGAAAGGCAAUAUUAUCCGGUCAAAUGUGGUCUGCAGGGUCUGCAAGGUGCACCUCUGCAUGAACAGAGAGCGGAACUGCUUUGUUGAGUACCAUGGAAAAGUGGCCUAAUUUCCCAUGUUUAGAUGGACAGACAGAGGCAGCUACAGAGACAAACACAGACACUUGUAUUCCUCAGAGGGUUUGUUGAGCAAUUCUGUUAUCAGCACGUUUUUCUGUUAGCACUUUUAUGU